CACGCCGCCACCCUGGCGGCCUGUGCCUCCCUGCUGGCCCUGGUCUUCUGCCUGGGCUCCUACGGCAACCUCAUCGUCCUCCUGUCCUUCUUCGACCCGGCCCUCAGGAAAUUCAGGACCAACUUCGACUUCAUGAUCCUCAACCUCUCCUUCUGCGACCUGUUCAUCUGCGGGGUGGCCGCCCCCAUGUUUGCCUUCGUCCUCUUCUUUGACUCGGCCCGAGGUGUCCCCAGCGCCUUCUGCUUCGCCUUCCACCUCACCAGCUCGGGCUUCAUCAUCAUGUCGCUCAAGACGGUGGCGGUCAUCGCCCUGCACCGGCUGCGCAUGGUGCUGGGGAAGCAGCCGCACCGCGCCGCCUCCUUCCCCUGCACCCUCCUCCUCACCCUGCUGCUGUGGGCCACCAGCUUCACCCUGGCCACCCUGGCCACCCUGAAAACCCGCGGCUCUCGCCUCUGCCUGCCCAUGUCCAGCUUCGCCAGCGGCGAGGGGAAGAUCAUCCUCUACCUUUACGUCACCGACUUCAUUUGCUGCGUGGCUGUGGUGUCCGUCUCCUACGUCAUGAUCGCCCAGGCCCUGCGGAGGAACGCCCAGGUGAGGAAAUGCCCGCCCAUGGUGGCCGGGGACACCUCCAGACCCCGGCUCCAGCUGGUGUCGGCGGUCAACCUGUCCACGGCCAAGGACUCCAGGGCAGUGGUGACGUGCGUUGUCAUCGUGCUCUCCGUCUUGGUUUGCUGCCUGCCCCUGGGCAUCUCUUUGGUGCAGGACAUGCUGUCCAGCAGCGGUGGCUUUGUUCUCUACCAGUUUGAAUUGUGUGGGUUUACCCUCAUUUUUUUCAAAUCUGGAUUAAAUCCUUUUAUAUAUUCCCGCAACAGUGCAGGACUUCGGAGACGAGUCCUCUGGUGCCUGCAGUACGUAGCCCUUGUCUUUUUCUGCUGCAAGCAGAAGACGAGGCUUCAGGCCAUGGGCAAAGGCAGCCUGGAAGUCAACAGGAACAAGUCAUCCCAUCACGAGACCAAUUCAGCGUACAUGUUGUCUCCAAAACCUCAGAAAAAGUUUGUGGACCAAGCCUGUGGCCCUAGUCACUCCAAGGAAAGCGUGCUGAGUCCCAAGGCUUCUGUCGGGCAUCAGCACUAUGCACAGAGCAGCUCAACCCCCAUGAACACCCGAAUCGAGCCCUAUUACAGUAUCUACAACAGCAGCCCUUCCCAGGAAGCAAGCACCCCGAAUAGCUUGCAGCCAGUGAACUCGACUUUCGGGUUUGCCAAAUCCUACAUUGCCAUGCAUUAUCACACCACUAACGACUUGGUGCGAGACCACGACAGUGCUUCGACUAAGCAGAUACCAGUGCCCUCGGUGUAA